AAACAAGUAAGCGGAUGUUAUCCACUCGGUGCACUUCCGGGUAGCUCUGCUAGCUAACUGUUAGCUCUCCAGACAAACUGACUAAAUUGUGACAAUGACAGCGCUAGCAUAGCUAACUGAGCUGCCAGAAAAUGAGGAGCCUACUGUUAAUUGCCUUUCUGGCUCCCUGUUGGGUCAACAGUGCCGUUAAGUCCAGAAUUAUAACGGAAGAAAAUCACAAAGAAAACCCGGAAUUCGAUGCUCUGAACUCCAUCCUGUCAGAUUUCGAGGUGCUGCCGGUGUCAGGCCUCCAGCUGCACUCUGUAAGGAAGAGGGACGUCCACACCCAGUCCCACCUGGAGCGCUUAGUGAGCUUCAGAGCGUUGCACAGACAUUUCAAGCUUUACUUGACCACCAACACAAACCUUUUCACUGAAAACUUUAAAGCUGUGUUUGUUGAUAAACACGGGAAGGAGGAAAACUACAAUGUUAAUCUUCAGAACUAUUUCACUGGGCAUGUUGUUGGUGAGGAGAAUUCACGUGUGCAGGCACACAUAGAAGGAGAUGAGUUUUCUGCUCACAUUCUAACUGAUGAAGCCGAGUACACCGUAGAGCCCCUGUGGAGGUUUACAGAUUCCCCGGCUGAUGGAAGAUUGCUGGUUUAUCGCUCAGACAACAUCAAGAAUCUGACCCGCAUCGUCUCUCCAAAAGUGUGUGGUUACAUCCACGCAGAUUCUUCGAACAUUCUGCCACAGACUUCCAGCAGGGAUUCGGACGGGCAGGAGGAGGUGGAGCAGGAAAAGGGGUACCACCACAGAGAGAAGAGACAGGCUCAUGAUCACAAGAAGAAUACCUGCCCCCUCUUGCUGGUUGCAGAUUACCGUUUCUUUAAACACAUGGGACGUGGACAAGAGAGCGUCACUCUCAACUACCUGAUUGAGCUGAUUGAUCGAGUUGAUGACAUGUAUAGGAACACGACCUGGGAUGAUGAAUUCAAAGGCUACGGGGUCCAGAUCCAUCAGAUCAUCAUCAACAAGGAGCCGACAAAGGCUCCCCGUGGCCAUGCUGGCACAGACUGGAUCCACUAUAACAUGGAGAACAGCCCUGUGAGAGGGAAAGAGGUCUGGGACGUGAAGAGACUUCUAGAGCAAUUCAGCUCAGACAUAGCUGAGAACGCCUCCACUGUGUGUCUAGCCCACCUGUUUACCUACCAGGAUUUCGAUGAGGGCACACUGGGGCUGGCUUAUGUGGCCCCGUCCAAACCUCAGGCCCUGGGGGGCCUCUGCCCAAAACCGUACUACCCAUCUAACUCUGCAAAGAAGCCCAGUUACCUCAACACAGGUCUGACCAGCACCAAGAACUAUGGCAAAACCAUCCUAACAAAGGAGGCAGACUUGGUGACCACUCACGAGCUGGGCCAUAACUUUGGAGCAGAGCACGACCCUGACAACAUCCCUUACUGUGCUCCCAGUGACGACCACGGGGGGAAGUUUGUCAUGUACCCUAUUGCUGUGAGCGGAGACCAUUACAACAACAAGCGCUUCUCCAACUGCAGCAAGAUCUCCGUAGGAAAGACGUUACGUUUCAAGGCUCCUGUGUGCUUCAAGGAGAGGAACAGUAAGGUAUGUGGCAACUCGAGAGUCGAGGAUGGGGAAGAGUGCGACCCUGGCCUACUCCACCUCAACGACGACCCCUGCUGCACAGCCGACUGCAAAUUCAAACUUGCCGCAAAGUGCAGCGACAGAAACAGCCCUUGCUGUAGGAGUUGCGUGUAUGAGCUUGCAGGGACAAGGUGCCAGGAACCCAUCAGUGCUACCUGUAAAGGCAUAUCAUCUUGCACAGGCAACAGCAGUCAGUGUCCACCUCCUGAAAACGCUGAGGACGACACUGUGUGUGUUGACAACGGCCGGUGUCACAAUGGAGAGUGCAACCCGUUCUGUGAAGCCAUGCAGAACCUUCAGUCCUGUGCCUGCAACGAGACGGACAACUCCUGUAAAGUAUGCUGCAGGGGAAAUGACGGUGCCUGCUCUCCUUUCAUCCAGACCAAUGGCAGUUUCCUUUAUCUUCGCAAAGGAAAACCCUGCACUGUGGGCUUCUGUGACGAAGGCGGAAAGUGCAUGAAGCAGGUGCAGGAUGUGAUCGAGAGGUUGUGGGAUUUUAUUGACAAGCUGGACAUUAACACAUUCGGGAAGUUCCUGGCUGAUAACAUAGUGGGCUCUGUCGUGGUGUUUUCACUUGUCUUCUGGAUUCCUCUCAGUAUCCUCGUUCACUGCGUGGACAAACGGCUUGACGAGCAGUAUGAAGAUAACACAAAGUCCUUCUACUACCCUCCAAGCAGUCAAGACAUGCUGAACAACAUCGAGUCAGCGUCCGUGCGCAUCGUCAAGCCUCCUCAGCCUCCCUCCUCCUCCUCCGCCGGCCGGAUCGCGCCCUCCUCCCUGCCCCUGCAGCAGAGCCAGGUCGGGGCCUCUCCCGCGGCCAGCACCAGUACCCCGGCCCCCGACCCGAGCUUCGGCCUCACCCCAGACAGCGCAGGGGGGCCGCGGAUGGCCACCAUCCAGGAGGACACCAGCAGCGACUCUCACCUGGGAGAGGAAGGCCUGUCGGACGAUUUCACAACCGCAGGAGCCUCCUCGUCGGUUACGAAAUCCUCUUACGAGGAUCUGACAGAGCAGAACCCGUCGGCCAAGGACAGACGACGCCUCAAGAGGCAGGAAUGCAUUGACACCAAAGAGACGGAGUGCUGAGAGUUUGGCUUUUUGGUUUAGUACCAACGAGGCACCAACACAUACAGAUAUGUGUUUUAGGGAACACGCAAAUACCUGCAUCAAAUGCAUUUUUCUUAUUCCAAAUCAGAGAUUAAAGGUAAUGGUAACCAUGAUGUGGAUAUCAUUCAGUCAGCUUCAACCUGGAUUGAACCACCACACAGAAAAUACAUGAGUCGUCACACAUCCCGGUGAAACUAAAUAUUUACUGAAGUGAAUUCAUGUUUUUUUUUUGCCUACGGUUAAUAUUGCUUUGUCUUUUCUAAGUUAGGGCGUCCCUGGUCAGACGAACCCUGGGAGAUCUGUUGUGAUCUGUGGAGCUAAAUCUACUGAGGGCUGGUUGCCCAACACGGCAUGAAGUUAACUUAUCUUUUUUGUCUAUCAUAUGUCCCUAAAUGCUGGUGCAGGAAGUAUUCAUGGCAAUGAACCUCCCCGGUUGGUUCCACUAACACAUUAACAGGUGAAUGGUUCAACAUGUCAUUGAUGAUUGUUGUGAUAUUUUACUGUUUUAAAAAGAAACUUUUCAGUGUGAUAUGUUAAUCAGCAAACUUUUACUUCAAAAUUUGUUUUUAGUUUUUUCAGAACUGCACUUCCAAGUAUUUUUUCCAUAUCACUGGUUUUAUAUAUGUUCUUUCUAUGAUGUGUCAUUAAUAGUUUAUUUUAUAUAUGUGCAGGCUUGUAAAACACUUCAUUUGCACUUAGAAUGCAACAUUUAAUACUACACUGGGUCUCUUCAGGAAUACACUUGUUUGUCCAGCUGUUGAUAUAUAUUGUCUAUAUAAAACAACAUGGUGCCUUUUCUGAUUUUGUGCCUAACAAUUCAACUUCGACGAGAUGAACAAUAAUACUGAAUUAAAUUUUAAAAGGAAGUUCCUGAGGUGCUCAAAUGUUAUUUUUUCCGUUUGGUUUUCGGUCCUUGUGUAUUGUUAUCUUAUGCCGUCUCGCCACUGUCGCCUGCUGUAUCACAUGUUCAAAUUGUUAAAUAUGUACUUUCUGUAGGUCAAGGAGAAAAAAAAAUACUGUGUCGCUAACAUUGACUGCUGGAUUGAUGUGAACUGUUGUACAAGCAUAUAUCCUGUCAUAUAUUCUGAUGUGUAUAUUCUUAAUAUGUCUGUGUUUAUAUGUCACCAGAGUUACUUUUAAGGUUUCUUGCUUCGAUUCCUUAAACGCAUCUCAAAAUAAAUCUUUAUUGUGCAUUUUAAACAAUAA